AUGUCGAUGUUGCCGAUUGGGCUGCCAAACGGGCCCUACAGCGAUGGUCACGGCAUCCCGCUGCUGGCCACCGACGCGGUGUCAGACAUGGAGAAGAAGGGGCUCAGGGACCAGCUAGAAGCGCAGCCGCGCGAGAUACAGCGGCUGCAGGGCACGCUGGCGCACUACCGCAACUGGGCGGCGCAGCUGCAGGCCCGCUACCAGCUGUUCAACCCUGAUGCGGCACGCCCCGCCAAGCGCGUCUACGUGGGCAACCUGCCCGCCGCCGUGAGCGAGGCGGAGCUGCGGCAGGCGGUGAACGAGCUCAUGGGCAACGGUGACCUGCUGUUCAACGGCAUGCACCAGGUGCAGGACAAGGGGUAUGCGUUUGUGGAGUUUAGGAGCGUGGAGGAGGCGUCCAACGCGAUGGCGCUGGACGGGGUCAAGUUCCACGACUCGUACCUCAAGCUGGUGGGCCUGGAGGUGGUGAAGACUGUGGUGCAGGACUCGCCGCACAAGCUCUUCAUCGGCGGCCUGCCCUGCGACUGGUCUGAGGACCAGGUCAAGGAGAUGCUGAUGCCCUUUGGCCAGCUCAAGGCAUUCAACCUGGUCAUGGACCGAGGCACGGGCAACAGCAAGGGCUACGCCUUUGCCGAGUUCAUGGAUGUGCACGUGACCGACAUUGUGAUCCAAAACCUAAACGGCAAGCCCUGCAACACCAAGUUCCUCACGGUGAAGCGCGCGCUCGCCCCAUCCCCCUUCUAG